AUGUAUCCGUAUACCGUACCCAUUAUUGUACAGAUGAGCGAAGAACGGUAUCGGCUCGUCGUACUUGGCUCAGCCAAAGUUGGAAAAACGAAUUUGAUACGGCGGUACCUCUACAAUGAAUUCUCUGAAAAGUACAAGGAAACCAUCGAGGAUCUUCAUUCGAGGCAGUUUAGAAUUCAGGGUGUUCCAUUACCACUGGACAUACUCGACACAAAUUUCAACUUUCCGGAUAUGCGUAAGCUUUCGAUAGCUUCAGCCAGUGCUUUUCUCCUGGUGUUCGCUGUCGAUGACGUGCCCAGUUUCAAAGAGAUGUCGGACCUCUGGCAAGAGAUAUGCGAGCGACGUCCUGAUAUAUCGACGUUGCCAAUCGUUGUUGUGGGAAACAAAUGUGAUCUGCCUACCAAGAAGGUAAUCUCAGACAACUCUGUUUUCUCUCAAAGAAUCUCCAAAGUACAUCUUACACAGAAAUUUUGA